GUCUUUUGGACACCAAGUAUGAAAAAAUGAUUUAUAACCUGACAAAAGACAGGGACGCUCUAGGAGAUGAGCGAGAAGCUCUGAAAGAUGAACAAGAUCAAUUGAAGACUAACUCCAGGAACCUGACUGAAGAAAGAGAUGCUCUGAGAGGUGAGCGAGACCUAUUCAAGGUUCUAUCCAGCAACCUAAGAAAAGACAGAGACACUUUGAGAGAUGAACAAAACCUUCUUAAGGUCCUUUCCCGUAACCUUACUGAAGACAUAGAUGCUCUGAGAGAUGAGCGAGAUGCUCUGACAGGUGAACGUGGUACUCUGAAAGAUGAGCGAGACCAGCUAGAGAUUGUAUCCCAAAGCCUGACUAAAGAGAGAAAUACUCUGAGAGAUGAGCGGAACUCUUUAAGAAAUGAGCGAGACCAACUGAAGAUUCAAUACAGUAACCUGAUGAAAAAGAUGGAGGCUCUUCAGAGCCAAUACAACACUCUGGCUGCAGGGCACAAUAAUCUUCAAGCGGAGAUCAACAGGCUCAAAGCAAAAACUUGCCCCAGAGGAUGGACCAUGUUCAACAACAAGUGCUAUUUUUACUCUCCCAGUGGACAUGGAAAAACCUGGGAAAACAGCCAACAAGACUGUCAACAGAGAGGAGGGCACCUGGCGAUGCCGAAAACAACGACUGAGCUGGAUUUUGUCAGCAGAGGUAAUAUGUAUACCUGGAUCGGCCUGUCGGACAAGUUGCAAGAAGACAGGUGGAGGUGGGUGGAUGGGUCUGAACUGAAGGAUUGGAGUUUCUGGAAACAAGGGGAGCCCAACAAUGCUAAUAAUAAUGAGGACUGUGUUGAGGUUGCACAAAAUGAGGCGAAAUGGAAUGAUGCAGCUUGCAGCACUGAAUUUGGAUGGGUGUGUGAGGCUAUGUCAUUUGGAGGAGAUUCUCGGUAUCUGAUGACAAUCGAUGAUGGGGAAAAAAAUGAGAGAUCUCUAAGUGUAGUGUGGCGGAUUGGAGCUGCUGUGGUGUGUCUGGUGCUUCUUCUGCUCACCGUAAUCUUGGUGGCUCACAAUACCAGUGCUAUUAACGGCUGGGAUGCCAAGUAUGAAGACCUGAUCUAUAAUCUGACAAAAGACAGGGGCACUAGAGACAAGCAAGACAAGAUUGAGUCCAGUAGCCUGACUCAAACGAGGGACAUUGCUAGCGGUGAGCAAGAUGCUUUAAGAAAUGAACGUGAAGCUCUGAAAGAGGAGCGAGGAGCCCUAACAAGUGAAAGAAAUCAACUACAGAACUACUCCCGCAGCUUGACUAAAGACAGAGAUGCUCUGAAAGAUGAGCGAGAAGCUCUGAAAGAGGAACGAGGCCAACUGAAGAUUUACUCCAGCAACAUGACCACAGAGAGAGAUGAUCUAAGGGAUGAGCGCAAAGCUCUGAGAGAUGAGCGAGCUGCUCUGAAAAAUGAGCGAGAUCAAUUUAAGAUUCAAUCCAGCAACCUGACUGAAUACAAAGGUUUUCUCAAAGAAGAGCAAGGUGCCAUAAAAGAUGAGAGAGAUGCUCUGACAAUUGAGCGUGCUGCUUUGAAAGUUGAGAGAAACGAUCUGAAGGUUCUAAUCUUCAACCUGACUAAAGACAGAGAUACUCUGAUAGAUGAGCGAGACGCUUUUAGAAUUGAGCGAGACCAGCUGAAGAUUAAUUCCAGUAAGCUGAACAAAGAGCUGGGGAUCCUGCAGGGCAAAUACAACACUGUGGCUCAAAGGCGAGAUAUGCUUCAAGACGACCUCAACAGGCUCAAACUCAACCAAACAGCUUCUUGUUUCCCUGGAUGGAAACUUCAUAACAACAAGUGCUACUACUACUCUCCUAAAGGAAAGACUGACACCUGGGAAAAGAGCAGAGCAGACUGUCUAGCGAGAGGAGGGGACCUGGCAAUGCCAAAAACAGAAUCUGAGCUCGUUUUUGUCAGCAGAGGUAAUAGCUACUCCUGGAUUGGUUUGUCAGAUAACUUGCAAGAAGGCGUGUGGCAGUGGGUGGAUGGGACUGACCUGGAAGGUCCGGGAUCCUGGAAAGAAGGGGAGCCGAAUGAUGCUGGAAAUGAGGAUUGUGUGGAGCUUUCCCGUGAUGAGGUGAAAUGGAAUGAUGCACCUUGUAGGAAUGCAUUUUCAUGGACAUGUGAGUCCUUAGGUCAAGGGGGUAGCAAUUGAAAAAUGUCUAUAAGUCCCCCUCAUCCUGUUAUAUAUCCUACAGUCCCUUUUGUAAUAUAACAAGCCUUUUUUUAUUUUUUUAAGAUUUCAUGGUUAUUAUAGAGGUGAUAUUUCUCAUUUUCUCUUUAAUUUCUACGGUUUUGUCAGGUUAUCAUGGAGGUGAUAUUUCUCUUUUUUUUUCUUUUUUAAAGUUUUAUUAGAGCUGAUAGAUGCGCUUAGUACUAAGCUGUAUUCUUAUUUUCAAUCUUAUUCUUGUAACUAUUUCUUGUACUUAUUGCUUGAUAUUUUACUUACAUUCCUAUUUUAUUAAUAUUUUGAUUGUAUAUAACUAUAUUUCUACCGCUAUGUUGUGUUUUAGUGCAAUUGUAAUGACUGUAUCUUUCUUCCACUGUUUAUAAAAUAAACAAUAAACAUGUAUAAAAGAA